AUGGCUACUCCAGGAUCCCAUCCAGACGCAUUCGCCCAGAUUGCUGCAAACCUUCAGCGUCUGUCCAAUGGCCUCGGCACUGCAUUAGCUCCUCAGACUCCAGUGACCAUGCCUCUGGCAGAACGCAACCUCAACACUAUUGUGUCGCCUGCCAAGUCUACCAACAUGACAAACGCGGGCAAGAAGCGCAAGAGCACCAGUGACAACAACGAUGGUGCUAGUCAACCUCCAAAGAAGAAGCAAGAUGCUAAGGAUGCAGCUGCCAAAAUCGACGUGUCCUCAAUCCAUCUAGAUGGUGAGGAGAACCAGGCUGUCCCGGUCUAUGACACUUGCGACGAAAUCCGUAACAAAAUCAACCGCUUCCUGCGCACGACACCUAAUGCGAGCAAUGCCGGUUUGAUCAGAUUGAUCAACUCUGCGGCUUAUGCAGAUUCCAAGACAGCCUCUGCGGUUCAGUUGAGGACCUUCCUGGGAGCCAAACGAGGACCAACCUCUGGAGCAGAAUCCAAGGUCUUCUACGGGGCCUAUGUAUAUUUUGAGAAGUUGAGGAUCAAGGAGGCUAAAGCCAAAUCGAAAAAGCGAGAAGCGAUGGAGAAUGCAUGGGGAAGGAAAGGCAUGAAGCUAAGCGACAACUUCCGAGGUCCUCUGUUCGUAGGUCCAAAGGAUAUUCCGACGGAGGAUGAAUUUGGUCGAUUCACCAUGGUGCGAAGGCGCUGA